AGCACCGGCGCUGCAGGAGGGGAGAGACGGAGUGUGGAGGAGAAGACGCGCAGCCUCAUCUGCGCCUGGAACAUGACACACACUUUGAUAAAACACUGAACGACCGGAGUACACCUCGGUGGCGACAUGUUUUUCGGUAAUGUGUGUCACAGCGUCUCGCCGCCACUGGCCCGUCCCACGCUGUGCAGGACCCAGCCGUCCCCCGACCCGAAGCCCCUCCUCCCCUUCCACCUGCUGCCUGGAUUCCUUGACAUGGAUCACGUCCAUAAAGCUCUGAUGGGCCCCGGCUUUGGGCUCACCUCGCACCUGAAGAGGAAGACCAGCUCCUGUGGAGUCUGUCGACUGAAGUUCAACUCUGAGGUGCAGGCGUCUUCCCAUUACAGCGGCACCAAACACGCGAAAAGGCUGAAAGCUCUUGACGCCCCAGAUUUAAAGAUCAGGACCUCUGAACCAGUCGCCAAGGAAACCACAUCGCAAAUCCUCCCAUUGCCCUGCUUGCAGCCCUCCAGCUCUGACACGACAUCGGGAGAACCUCAAGCCCCGAACCCGGCUUCCGAGGCUGUGCCACCGAGCGGUGGCUCCCCUGAAACUGUGAAACCGCCGUCCGAAUCCUCGCUGUCACCCAGCCCGAGGACGGCAGAGAAAGAGGCGCAAGGAGUUGGGGAUGCGGAGGUGGCCCCAGAGGAGGAGACGGAAGAAGAGAAAGCUAUUCGUCUCCUCUACUGCUCCCUCUGCAAGGUGGCUGUCAACUCCGCAUCGCAGCUGCAGGCCCACAACUGCGGCACUAAGCACAAGACCAUGCUCGAGGCUCGAAGUGGCUACGGAGCCAUCAAGUCCUUUCCCAGGACGGGGGUGAAAGCCAAGUGGGCCCCGCCGCCGGAGUCGUUGACCGGACUCCAGAACAAAACUUUCCACUGUGAGAUCUGCGGUGUGCAUGUCAACUCCGAGACUCAGCUCAAACAGCACAUCAGCAGCAGGAGACACAAGGAUAGAGCUGCAGGUAAACCGGCCAAGCCCAAGUUCAGCCCCUACACUCCCGCCCAGCGACACCAGAGUUUCCAGGCGAUUCGACUGGCUCUGCAGAAGAAACAAGACCUGACCAAACCUCUGGCCUCGACUCUUCUACAGCAUCAACUUUCUGUCGCUACUGCAGCCGCCAUGGCAACACUGGCCUCCUUCCCCCUCCGGCCCACCUCAAACUCCAGCCCCGCCCUGUUUCAGAGUCAGCCUCUCUCCCAGGCUCUUCUGCAUCAUGCCCCUGGACCCAUCUGUCGAACUCACACAUCGGUGCUGUUUUCCCCUUACUGACCCUGUGCACGUCUCAAUCAGCUCUGAACUACAGGUCAAGGCAGAGCGGACACCAGAGAAGACGUGAUAUCAAACGGUACCUGCUGCUGUCAACACAAUAAUAGAUACUGUGGGUGUCAUGGACCAGGGGGAUACGAAUGGGAUGAACCGGGGGGGUACGGAUGGGAUGGACCAGGGGGAUACGGAUGGGAUGG